AUGUGGGGCCUCCGAUCCCGCUCCUGGGCCCUCGCCCGGUACGUCGCGGCCGCGGCCCCGGGGCUCCUCCUGGGCCGAUCGGGCGACGCCUGGCCGGCGGUCCUGCUGCGGGGCGUCUCCUCCGGCACCGGCGGGCCGUCCGGCCGGCGGGACCUAUCGUUGCCAAACUACAUCGUCUUUGGGUCGAACACGGGCGUCGGAAAGACGGCCAUCUCCGCCGGCCUGGCGCGGACGUGUACCAGGCAGAAGGAAUGUGUUGUCUACAUCAAACCCGUUCAGACGGGAUGGGACGGGGGGCGGAGCCCUGCAUCGAAUUCUGAUGCGCACACUGUUGCCAGCGUGGCCCAGGAGACAGCACCGGGGGGGUCUGCUCCAUGGAAAGAUGCCUGUAGGGACCUCAUGAAAUUCGACACGCUGUAUGCAUACCAGCAGCCUGUCAGUCCCCAUCUGGCAGCUCAGCUUGAAGAAGGAAACACCAGGAUUGUGAGCGAUGCUGAGCUCACAGAUGGGGUGGCAGCCAAACUGACUGAGUUGGCAGGCACUAGCAACAGAAAAUGCCUUGGCCUGGUGGAAGCAGCUGGAGGAGUGGCAAGCCCAGUGCCUUCUGGAGCUUUGCAGUGUGAUGUCUAUCGCAGCCUGCAGCUUCCUUGCCUUCUGGUUGGGGACCACCGCCUGGGAGGCAUCUCUGCAACAAUAUCAGCAUAUGACUCCCUGGUGCUGCGGGGUUAUGACGUUGCUGCGAUAGCUUUGUUUGCUGGAGAGCUCGCAAACCACCUCUUGAUCAGGGAACACUUUGACAAGUGCAUCCACUCCCUGGGCGAAAAGGGUCCUUCCAUCGUUGUAAUUCCAGAGCCUAAAGCCAACGAUGACCAUGAGGAGUGGGUGAGCUCAACAAAAGUGUGGGCCGACACUGAUGGCCGAACAGGCCUGGAAUACCUGCUGGAUUGCCUUCGAAAAGCGCAUGGCCUGCGGCGCCAGAUUCUUGAUACGGCCAGGGGCAGGGCAAAGCAAUGCCUGUGGUGGCCGUUCACACAGCACUCGACUGUGCAGGACAGUGAUGUGACCGUGAUUGAUGCCAGGUGCGGAGAGCACUUCAGUGUCUUCAGCGGUGGCAAUGGCAACCCUGGCUUUCUAGAGAAGCAGUACGAUGGGUGUGCAAGCUGGUGGACACAGGGCACAGGCGCGGCAAUGCAAUUCGAGAUCGCCCGUACAGUUGCACUUGCGGCUGGGCGGUACGGCCAUGUAUUGUUUCCAGAAAAUACACAUGAGGCUGGUCUGCGCUGCUCAGAGCACCUGCUAUCAUCAGUAGGUUCUGGAUGGGCCUCCAAAGUAUUCUACUCAGAUGAUGGCUCCACUGCUGUGGAAGUCGCUUUGAAGAUGGCACUUCGGACAUUUGCAAAGCGCCACCACGAUCAGAUGCAUCAAUGUGGUGAUCUUAAGAUCCUGGGAAUGUCCAACUCUUACCACGGGGACACUCUGGGUGCCAUGGAUGCAUGCCCCAGCAGCAUUUUCAACAGGGGUCAGACCCCCUGGUAUGUGGAGAAGGGUGUGUUCGUGCAGUGCCCUACUGUUUCCAUGUUGAAGGGUAGGUGGCAAAUUAGGCUUCCAGAGGAGCUGAAGCGGCUCACUGGUGGUUCCGAGCGCCAGCUUUCAUGGGAAGAGCUGGAUGGUGUUUUCAACCCUGACAGGAGCGAUCUUGAAGCCGUCUACUUGAAAGCCGUUGCAUCGGUGAUCGAUGGUGCUCAGGGUCACAAGGCAUCGGGAGGCGCCACCAUGAUAGGUGCUUGCCUCCUGGAGCCCGUUGUGCAGGCUGCGGGGGGCAUGAUCCUUGUAGACCCAGUCUUUCAGAGGUGCAUAGUCAAGGUUUGCAGGGAGCGCGGCAUUCCGGUUAUCUUUGAUGAGGUCUUCACUGGAUUCUGGAGGCUAGGAGCUGCUGGUGGUGCAUCCCUUCUUGGCAUGUCGCCCGAUAUUGCAUGCUACGCCAAGCUGCUCACUGGUGGGGUCGUGCCCCUGGCGGCCACUUUGUCCACAGAAGAAGUCUUCGAGGCGUUUGCAGGGCCAUCGAAGGCUGAAGCCCUCCUCCAUGGACACUCCUUCACCGCCCAUCCAAUUGGCUGCGCCGCAGCCUGCGCCGCCAUCAGCAUGUACACAGACCCCAGUCUGAAUCCAAACUUACAGCGCGCACCGGCAUCUGUGGAAAUGACCGCGCCUCCGACCACCAAGGCGGAGGCAAAGCUGAUGCCGCUCUGGGAUUCGAAGGCGGUGCGGGAGCUGUCUUCCAACGCGAAGGUAGAUGGUAUCACGGCCAUAGGUACCCUGUUGGCGGUAGAGUUGAAGCCGCCUGAGGGGCAGGAGGGGGGGUAUGGAUCAGGGGUGGCUGUGGAGGUUGUGAAGAAACUUCGCGCCAACGGGGUGUACACAAGGCCAUUGGGGAACGUUGUGUACUUGAUGUGUGCGCCUGUCACCCCGAAGGAGGAGUGCGAUCGGUUACUGGCGUUGUUGAGCAGGCUGUUGUGA